UAAAUACAAUACCCGUACGACAUGAACAUGUAGCUACCGAAAGUCGCUCCUCUUUUAAAUCUCUUUCUCUCCCCUCUCCAUACCCCUCCUCUCAACCGUAGCCAAGCCUCAAUUAUCAUGUCAGGUGCAGCAAAAAGACGUUUAGAAGCUCUCAGCGAGCAGCUAGUUGCUCCCGUGCCUGAUCAAGGAACCUUCGAAGGCCUGCCGGUUCUCAAAAAGAUCGCACCCGACUCCAACGGGCCUCGAGUCAAGGGAAAGGUAGUUAUUGUAACAGGUAACUCUCUCCUAAUCCCAACUCGACACACUAUAACGUAAUGCAAUGCAGCAUACUCACCUGAUCUGCAGGGACCAAUUCGCCCUUGGGCAUAGGCCGAGCAUCAGCACACCAAUUUGCCCAGAAUGGUGCAAAAGCUGUGUACAUUUGCGAUUUUAACGACUCCAACCUCGAGAUCCACAAGCGUGAACUCGCAACGUUAUAUCCGGCUGUAGACGUGCAUACCCGAAAAUUUGAUGUCGCAGACGAAGAGUCGGUGAAAGCUGUUGUCAAUGAUGCCAUCAACGUGUAUGGCAGAUUAGAUGUAUUUUUUGCCAAUGCCGGAAUCAUAGGGCAAAACAAGCUAUUUUCAGAUAUCACAUCAGAGCAGUUUCUAUCCACAUUGAAAACCAACGUUGUCAGGUUAGUAAAGCCUACGCAUGCUUUGUAGCAAGAAUUGGACUAACAUCAUUGAACAGCGUUCAUCUCGCUGCCAAGUAUGCUGCUCCAGCCAUGAUGAAAAUAUCCGAGGGAAAGAAGUAUCCCUCAGGAAGUAUUAUAUGUACCGCCUCAGUAGCUGGUAUUCGUUCCAAUGCAGGGUCCACCGAUUAUUCUGCCUCAAAGGCAGCUGUGAUUUCUAUCGCUCAAACAAUAUCCUAUCAGUUGGCAGGCACUGGAAUCCGCAUUAAUGCGAUCUGUCCAGGAGUUAUCGAAACCGGCAUGACUGCAACGAUGUACGAGGCUGCCAGAGCAAGAGGUACAGAGAAGAAAAUUGGUCAACUGAACCCUUUGAGGAGAGGGGCUCAUGCGGAUGAGGUUGCCAGGGUGGCAUUAUUCUUGGGAAGUGAAGAGAGUAGUUACGUCAACGGCCAGGCUUGGGCCGUUGAUGGUGGACUAAGUUCUGGGCAUCCUUUUGUCCCAGGCAAGUUGGGUUAG